AUGGAUCGCAAGAAAAUCGGCAAGACUGGUCCCGAGGCGACGCCUACUUCGAAGCCCAUCUCUUCAAACCGUGGUUCCAUGGCCUUUACUGCUCCGCUUGGCCCGGGAGGAUACUUUGUCAAUCGAAACAACUACACCACCAUCGCUCACAACAUGACGCCGACCGGUCAAAACCGGCACCAGCGUCAUCCACACUCCACUCCGAUUGCGAGCCACGUCUACGUGAACCAGGCCAUCCCAUCUGCCCAUGCUUCGGCCAUGGAAAAGCAGACACAGCUGGUGCAGCCAGCUCAGCCAGCGGCUCCAUCGAUGGAUGAGACUAUCGCUCUCGUCAAGGACCUUUUGAAGGAAGACGAAAUCAACUUCGACGAUCACAUUCAGGGCUUCGAGGACCUCGCCAGAUUCGCGGAGGCUGAGAAGCGAGUCAACCUAGAGCCGACGCCUGAGCUUGCAAGAGACUUCCCGGCGGACAAGGCUCAGCGAGUGGCUCUGGCUCGUGGCUUUUUCGACUCCUUGGUGUACAGGAAGAUGCAGGAUCAGCGCGUCGGCAGCAAGAUGGCGUUCAAUCGCAUCAAGUCCCGGAAGUUGAUCACGUUCAAGAUCGUCGCAUGGAAGCUCCUGGAGAAGACUCUCGCUGCACAGCGGGGUGAGCUGCUUCUUGACCCCAAAUUCAAGAUCGAGAGGCACUCAACCUUCCUCGCAAGAUACAGAGCUGUAGACGACGCGCUCCAGAAGGACGACUUUCUCGUGGCCGACGCACUCUUCUCAGAUGAAUGGAGGGACCGCAUUGCGGCGGCUCCAGAGACGGAGUUGGCGCGGAAGCAAGGCAACAAGAAGAGCAAUGAGGAGAAGAACGCCAAGUUGGCACACGCGACUAGACUGAAGCAGGUCAAUCCCAACUUCGAUUUCAAGACUGCCGACCCUAUCGAUGCCAAGACUUCUUCGCGUCGCUCCUCCAAGCGAGCAAAGCGGUACCAUGAUGAGUUUGUGGAUGAGGAGCAGGAAGAUAGCCAGCUCCAGACCGCGGCCGACCAGGUCAACGACCAACCUCAGGCCGACGACGCCACUCUGGUUAAUAACGACAACCCUCUAGUCAACGAGACCCCUCAGGCCCUCGACGACCAGGGCCACGACCAGAACCAGCAGCCUUCAGGUGCCGGCCAGAUCGAUGACCAGGCGCAGCCUCCGGUUGUCCAGACCAACAACCACGAUCAGCACAUCGUCUACCAAGAUGGCCACCAGGCCCAGGACGCAAUGGAUCCGGCCAAUAUCGGUGAUCAGCAAAUUGAGCAGCAGCACCAGUACCAGCACCAGCAGGAGCACACUGUCGGCCAAGUCUACGAUCACGGCCAGCUUCCGCCGCAGCAGGCCAACUACCAAGCCCAACCCGGCCGGCCCGCCAUGAUGCAGCAGGCAAACUCCUUCAACAACCAGGACUUUGAGAACAUGGAGCCACUCUCCCAAGAUGCUUUCCAACAGGUCAUGAACCGGCCGUCCACCAUGAACGACGUCUUUUUCGGCCGGCUUAGCCCUGAAAUUCCCUAUAACUUCUGGCAGCCUCCCACGUACCCGCGCAGUGCCAACGAGAUGGGAAAUGGUGGACGCUCCGCUGCAACCAGCCGAACCGUCAGCCCGGGUCCUGACACAAGCCCGAACUACGUCUCUGGUCAAGCUUUGCAGCCCGGCUCCGAGUUCGAUGGACAGCCCGGCAGCGGCUCAGCUUUCGGCCAAGGCCCCUGA